GGUAUCUGAAGCCACGUGUGCAUUAUGAAGGAGAACAGGUCCUCGUGUCAGGUGGAGCAGCUGCCCUGUGCAUGUCUGCUAGACUGCCACCGACAGACCCACACCCGCAGCGCCGCAGGGACCCAGAGCCGACACAGAGCCAACGGGGCGGUGGGCGCCUUGUGCAACAGUCCCAACUGCAUGGUGGCCGCCAGGCUGGAGAACCCAGAGCAGGGGCGGCACGGGGCCGGCAGGGUCCUGGUCACCGGAGGGGCUGGAUACUUUGGAUUCAGGCUGGGCCGCGCUCUGGCAGGCCAAGGGGCCACGGUCUUACUCCUGGAUCUCCACAAGCCGCCCUGGGACAUCCCUGAUGGAGCCGUCUUCCUGCAGAUUGAUAUCCGUGAUUAUGAUGCCCUGUAUAAGAUCUGUGCUGGAGUGGACGUUAUUUAUCACACUGCUUCCUAUGGGAUGUCAGGACCUGAGCAGCUGAAGAAAACGCAGAUCGAAUCAGUCAACGUUUGCGGCACGAACAAUGUCAUAAACGUCUGUACGGAGCGGGGCAUCUCCAGACUCAUCUACACCAGCACAAUCAACGUGGCGUUUGCUGGCCGGCCCAUCGAGGAUGGAGAUGAAGACUCAGUUCCCUGCGUGCCGCUGGACAUGCACAUAGACCAUUACUCCAGAACUAAAGCGAUCGCUGAACGCCUGGUGCUCGCUGCCAAUGGAAGAUCAACAAAAGGCGGUGGUUUUCUUCACACAUGUGUGCUGCGCCCCUCUGGUAUCUAUGGUCCUGAAGAGAGGAGACAUUUACACAGGGUGAUGGUGAAUGUGGAGAGGAGGUUGUUCAGCUUUCAUUUUGGGGACCCUAAUGCCAAGAUGAACUGGGUACAUGUGGAUAAUCUGGUGAUGGCUCAUGUUUUAGCAGCAGAAGCCCUCACUGCAGAUAAAGCUUUUGUGGCGAGUGGACAGGUUUAUUUUAUCAACGAUGGGGAGUCUGUCAAUGUCUUUGAAUGGCUGACACCUCUGUUUGAAAGACUAGGUUAUGGUCGGCCUUUGAUUCACCUUCCUGUUUCUCUGGUCUACUCAGCAGCAAUACUGAUGGAGCGACUGCAUGUGGCUCUGAGUCCGAUUAUAGAAAUUCCAUUACUUCUGACAAGAAACGAGGUGAGGAACAUCGCUGUCAGUCACACCUUUAAAAUCGAGAAGGCGCAGCGAGAACUGGGCUUCAGGCCUAAGAAGUACAGUCUGACGGACUCGGUGGACCAGUACCUGCGGAGCCGAGCGCCGCGUUCAGCGGUGUCGUUCCCGAACACACUGUACCUCUUCCUGCUGCUCCUGGUGGGAGUCAUCACCCUCGUGAUCCUCUCGGCAGGACGGGAAUGAGAAAGAGAAAUCGAAUGGAUCACUUGUAGGGUUUAAAUUAGGGCUGGGCGAUAUUGUGAAUUAAUCUUAUCCUUUGCUAUCAUUUUUAUUUUUAUUUUAUUCGUAAAACUCAUUUUGACUUGAGAGGGUUAGAAGGGAUAGUAAAAACUCGUCUUCCAAACACAAAUUAUGAUUUUUUUAAUGAAACCUGAUUGAUUUCUGUCCCUCCGUUGGAAGUGCAGGUAACCAACACUUAGAAGAUCUAAAACAGUCAUAAAGGCAUCAUAAAACAAAUCCAAAUCCAAGUAUUAUGAAAGAAUAGUAUUUAUUUUUUAGGUGAUCAGAUUUAAC